GUUACAUUUAUAUCAGAGGAGGAGACCUGCAGCACAGACACAGUAUGGUCUAAACAGCUGAUCAGUCAUCUCUACCUGCUGGAUGAUCGUCUCACCUGAGCGGCAGACUCACUGUUGAUGACAGGAAGAUAAAGUGGUCCCCGCUGCAGCCAUGCCUGUCUCCCUGCUGUGGGCGGUGGAUGUGUACGGGCGGGUCUACAGCCUGUCCACGGCGGGGGCGCUGUGGGAGCAGUGCCGUGAUGCUCAGAUGGAGUUCAAGAGAGUGACGGCGGCUCGGCAGUGCUGCUGGGGCAUCGCCUGCGACAACAACAUCUACCUGAACGUCCACGCCUCGGACCUGCCCGCGUAUCAGGAGGAGACCUACGAGAACCAGCGCUGGAAUCCAGUCGACGGUUUCUCAGAGCGUUUGCUGCCCAGCGACCGUUGGCAGUGGAGUGAUGUCACGGGUCUGCAGCACCAGCCCCUGGACGGUUUCCAGCUCCCCUCUGGCAGCUGGGAGUGGGAGGGCGACUGGUAUGUGGACGAAAACUUUGAGGGCGAGCCCACAGAGAAAGGGGGGUGGAGCUACGCCAUCGACUUCCCCGCCACCUACACCAAAGACAAGAAGUGGAACUCGUGUGUCCGUCGGCGGCGGUGGCUCCGAUACAGAAGAUACAAAGCUAUGGACACCUGGGCCAAGAUCCCGUCACAGCAGACAUCUCUACCAGAUCCUUUCAGUGACAUUAGCUGUGGAGGCUGGGACAUCAGCGAGGAGCCCAGAGGACGCCUGUCACUGUGGGCCGUGUCCCUGCAGGGCAAGGUGUGGUUUCGAGAGGGUAUCUGUCACCACAGUCCCGAGGGCUCAGUGUGGGACGAGGUGUCUCUCCCCGGGGAGGUGAUCCAGAUUAGCUGUGGUCCCGGGGACCUUGUGUGGGCCGUGCUUUGGGAGGGGCAGCUCAUUGUCAGGGAGGGCAUCAACAGAGACUGCCCAGCAGGUACAUCCUGGGCCGUGGUGGACUCUCCCAGUCCUGAUGUUGGAGCCACACAUGUCGCUGUGGGAGUCAACGUCGUCUGGGCUCUGACCAAGGACAACAAGGUUUGGUUCAGACGCGGCGUGAACUCACACAACCCCUGUGGCUCGGGCUGGAUCAGCAUGGUAGGAGAAAUGAUCAUGAUCAACGUAGGACUCAACGAUCAGGUGUUGGCGAUCAGCUGUGAGGAUCGGGCGGUGUACUUCAGACAAGGUGUGACCUCCAGUGAGCUGAGCGGGAAAACAUGGAAGGCCAUCAGCGUCCCCCGAGACGGAGACCGAUCUCACUCCAGUGCCAGCGCCAGCAGUCUGCAGAGCGCUGGAUGUUUCUUCAGCGGCGAGGUGCGUGCUCCUUCAGUAGCCAGCGACGUGGAGUCAGACACGGACAGAGGACCUACAGACCGAGCCAGCCAUCCCGUCUCCUCCACGUCCCCUCAGUCCUUUGCUGACGCCCCCACAGACCAACCUGUAGAUGCCCCCAAACCCCGCAUCCCCAAAGUGACCAGUGACAGCUUCAUCUCUGAGCUGGUCUCUGACAGAGAGCCAGGAAAGAGCUCCAGAGAGAACGCUCCAGCUGUCCUGGAGGAGGAGCCCGUCCCUGGAGGAGAAGAAGAGGUCAAAGCCAUCUCCCACAGCCAGUCUGGAGCUCCUUUGGACCCCCAGUGGAGUAACGUGGAUCUGGAGGAGGCGCAGGUCCAGCAGGUCCAGGCCGGAGGAGCAGCGGUGGACUCAGCGGACACCUGCAGCCUGUCAUCAGUGGCCACGUACACUCUGACCAUGGAGGAUCUGUACGGAGCAGACGAGCACCCUCUGUGGGCGUGGGUCAGUGCAGGCGGCUGCUCCGUGGACUCCCACUCCCAACUCAGCUGGUUCAACUGCUCCAUCAACGCUGCAUCUUUGGUCCAGUCAGUCCAGUCCAUGAGCCUGUCUGUGAGUCCGGCUCAGACGGCAGCCUGGAAGAGACAAAUCUUUGAGCAGCUCAGCGAGAGGACCAAGAGAGAGAUGGAUAACUUCAGACACUAUGAACAAGCCAUAGAACAGUCUGUGUGGGUGAAGAAGGGGACCAUGCAGUGGUGGAGGGACUGGAAGCCCCACAAGUGGAUUGAUGUUCACUUUGCCCUGGAGCAGUUCUCAGGACCCGAGGGCAACAAGGACGGCAUCCUCUUCAUCUACUACAACUUCUACGAGGAGAAGAAGUAUCUGCACGCCUUCAUCAACGAAAUCACCAUUCUGGUUCCUGUGCUCAGCGACUCCAAACACACGUUUGCCGUGUACACUCCUGAGCGCACCAAACAGAGGUGGCCCAUCAGACUGGCGGCAGCCACAGAGCUCGAGAUGCAUGACUGGCUGGCAUUGUUGAGCAUGUCGUGCUGCGACUCCAGGGGGAUCCAGGGUCCUCCGUCCAAACAGGCCAUGUGGUCGGUCACCUGUAAAGGAGACAUCUUUGUGUGUGAGCCGUCUCCUGCUCUGGAGGCCAUGCCGUACCCCACACCCUGUGACCAACUGUUCUGGCGUCAGGUCGGAGGUCACCUCCGUGUGGUGGAGUGUAACAGUGUGGGCAUUGUGUGGGGGAUCGGCUACGACCACACGGCAUGGGUCUACACUGGGGGCUAUGGAGGAGGAUUCUUCCAGGGCCUGGCCAGCAGCACAGACAACAUCUACACACAGGUGGACGUCAAGAGUGUCUACAUCUACGAGAACCAGAGGUGGAACCCCGUCACUGGAUACACCAACAGAGGGCUGCCUACAGACCGCUACAUGUGGAGUGAUGCAUCAGGACUACAUGAAUGCACAAAGACAAACACUAAACCCCCCUCCCCUCAGUGGACAUGGGUGUCUGACUGGUCUGUGGACUACAGCGUCUCCGGGGGGACGGACAGAGAGGGAUGGCAGUAUGCAGCUGAUUUUCCAGCGUCUUAUCACGGAUAUAAAACACUGAAGGACUUUGUGCGUCGCAGGCGGUGGGCCAGGAAGUGUAAACUGACCACCACAGGACCCUGGCAGGAAGUUCCUCCCAUCUCUCUGAGUGAUGUCACCAUCCUGCCAUGUGCAGCUCAGAGCAAUGUGGAUGUGGUUCCUCUGUGGGCCAUCAGCAACAAGGGAGACGUGCUCUGCAGACUGGGAGUCACCACGCUCACACCUGCUGGGUCCUCGUGGCUGCAUGUGGGAACCGAUCAACCUUUCAAGUCCAUCUCCAUCGGAGCUGCCAGCCAGGUCUGGGCCAUCGCCAAGGACGGCUCUGCCUUCUACAGGGGGUCGGUGUCUGCACAGAGUCCAGCAGGAGACUGUUGGUACCACAUCCCAUCCCCAUCCAAACAGAAGCUGAAGCAGGUGUCUGUUGGGAGGACGUCAGUCUGCACUGUGGAUGAAAAUGGUAACCUGUGGUACCGUCAGGGUGUGACCCCCAGCUACCCUCAGGGCUCCUCCUGGGAGCACAUCUCCAACAACGUACGCAAAGUCUCAGUGGGGCCUCUGGACCAGGUUUGGAUCAUAGCAGACAAGGUUCAGGGCAGCCAGAGUCUGAGCUGUGGGACCGUCUGUCAUCGACUCGGAGUCCAACCCAUGGAGCCCAAAGGACAGUCCUGGGACUACGGCAUCGGGGGUGGAUGGGAUCACAUCACGGUGAGAGGGAACUCUAUGGAGCCGCCUCGUGUCCGUCUGCCCUCUGUGACAGGCCCCGCCCCUGUCAGGAACACCGAGGUCAACGGCAAUGCUGCGGGAUGCUCCACACACACAUGAAAACACACACACAUCCUGUACAGAGACAACUUUGUAGUCAUUGGUAGUUUCUGUGUUGGAGUAGCAGCAGUGAUAAUUCAGCUCCAGGCUGUGGAGGAGAUCCUUCAGUGUCCACAUCUCUGCAGUCAGUGGGACAGAAACAAUCUGUCUCCUUUUCUCUGGAGACAAAUUUUAAUCUCUAAAUGUUUUUACAGAGCUCUCCGGACAUUACCGUCUUUGGUCACUGACACUGAACUUGAUGGUCUCAAUGCAUUUUUGUCUUUUUAUUUAUAUUUAUUGUUUUUUUUUUUUCCGUUGGUUUCUGUAUAUAUAAUAGUUCCUCAUGUAUGUGGAAGGGUGAUAUUUUUAUGAGUUAGGUUGUUUUUUUAAAGGGAAGAAAUGAGUUUACUGAAGUUACCGCUGCUGAGCUGCU